UCCGGUCAUUUAGUAUGAUAUAACCCUCAGCAAAUUAGCAUUUAUUUGAACAUUUGCAGGGCAAACGAUGUCUAAAAUAGGACGCGUGGAAGCUUUGGGAAGUCUUCGCACUGCACAAAUAAAAUUACCUCUUUUGUAUUCCAUUUUAUUGAGGGAUUUACUCCCAGCAAUAUCAUGCCAUAAGUGACUAACGUUAAAUAAGUUUAAAAAAAACACCCCAAAAGUGUAAAAGAAACCAACAGGCACGAACUCAAAGCGACAAAAGCCAAGUAAGAGUGUCGCGUUGGUGCGCGAGCAGAAGUGGAAGGCGUAGCUAGAAGAGAAGGGUGGAGGGAGGAGGGCGGAGAGGGCGAGGAGGGGACCUGAGGUUACGGGAGGGGGUGUAGUCGCUCCAGGGUAUGAAUGAGCCAUGUUCGGUGCAGGAGGCUUAGCUCUCCCGGUGUGCUCCUUCCUGCUGCUGCACGUCCCGGCCCUCCCGCUAACGGACAGCCGGCCCGUGAAGGACAGAAGUAAAGGGAGAUCGGAGCAGCGUUACAUCGAUAUACGAUCACCCAACUGGGGGGGUCAGCAUGUCAGACAGACAAGCAACAAGGAGGUGUUUCAGUGGUGGGGAGAGUGGUCCAGCUGGUCCUCUUGUUCCAGAAGUUGUGGAGGAGGCGUGAGGAGUCAGGAGAGACACUGUCUGAUACAGAGGCUGUCCACCACCCAGAAUGUAAACAGUUCCUUUUGUGAUGGCUCGCCUAAACAGUACCAGCUCUGUCCACACCAGCCCUGUCCCAGUCCCACGGUGAGCUUCAAACAGCACCAGUGUUCCCAGUUCAAUUCUAAAGCCUUUGGAAGACGAUACUACCAGUGGAUCCCUCUUUACCCUGCUGAUUACAUCAGCAUCUCCAAUAAGCCAUGUGACCUGCAGUGCACAACCAUCAGUGGUGAGAGGCAGCUGCUAGUUCCUGCCCACGAUGGUACGUUCUGCCACGAUGCCAAAUACCUCGGCGUCUGUAUAGAGGGGAUAUGUCAGCCUGUAGGCUGUGACGGGCAGCUGUACGGCAGUAAGGCAGUAGACAGAUGUGGAGUGUGUGGAGGCAAUGGGACGUCCUGCCAGCGCAUCUCUGGAUCAUACAGGAAGCCACUCACACAGUUAGGCUAUGUGUUCAUCACCAACAUCCCAGCUGGAGCCUCAGACAUUCAGAUCAUAGAAAGACACAAGACAGAGAACAUCCUGGCCCUGUCUGAUGAAGAUGGUCAUUUCUUCUUCAACGGGAACACGGUGUUUGAAAAUCCUCAAAACUUCCACGUGGCAGGAACAGUGAUUAAAUACCGGCGUCCUAGUAAUGUGUUCUCUGAUGGGCUGGAGUACAUCACUGCCCAGGGGCCGACGCUGCAGGGCCUCAAUGCUAUGUACUACAACCUAAAUGGGAAGCUCCCCCACAUCACCUACGAAUAUACAAUCCCUCGCACAUCUCAUGACAUCACCGCUGCUGAAGCCAUCACCGGCCCCCCCCGGCCCCGUCUUAACCUCACAUAUAACGAGGUAAAUGAGGGUGUCCGAGGGGAUCGUCUGGGAGCGACCAAUGGCAGUGUGACAUCUCUCCAUCACUACAACCGCCAGCUUGCAGCUGCUGACCAAUCAGAUGUCCAGCUGCAGGAAAAAAAUGAGGAGCAAGUCAUUUUUGCGAUCAGGACCCCCAGCCCGCCUCCGCCGGCUGCCACGUUGGUCUUCAGACCACCAGAUGUCACCACUCAUGUAUUCGGCCUUAAUGAUGUUGAGCGAGGACCUCCAAUACCUGCUGGCUACCGAAGUUCCUCCAACUCAAUUGACGAGCCGUCCACUGCUGUCGACAUGACUGUCAAGCAGCCUGUCCCUGGUAGUCCGAGUGUUCAUUCUGCAGAAGGCGCCCCCUAUCUGCUGCUGGAGGACUUGCAUUACAACCACAGCCACCCUGCGGACAGCCCACUCACUGAUCCCCACCCACCAGCAGAGAGUCACGCGCUGGCCUCUGACACAGACCCACAGGUGGAAACGCUCACAGUCCCGGACACACACACUGCCAUCGUGUUACAGCUGCAACAGGUGCCGGCUGUGCAGGCAGCCCACACAGAGAGUAAUAACUUUGACGUGGGACUGGACCCAGAUAUUAGUCUGGCAGACAUGUACCGCUGGAAGGUUUCUGCCUAUGCUCCAUGCAGCUCUACCUGUACAACAGGUAUCACCACUAGCUACGCCCUUUGUGUCCGAUACGAUGGUACUGAAGUUGAUGACAGUUACUGUGACUCUCUGACCAGACCUGAGCCCACACAUGAGUUCUGCACUGGGAAGGAAUGUCCUCCAAGAUGGGAGACCAGUGGGUGGAGCGAGUGCUCUCGAACCUGUGCUGAGGGUGUUCAGUAUCGGACUGUGCGCUGCUGGAAGAUGCUGUCUCCCGGGCUGGACUCAUCGGUCUACGAUUCACUUUGUCUGUCACAUGACCUUCACAAACCAGCCAAUAGGAAGGUCUGCCUUGGCCAGAGCUGCGGACCCCAGUGGGAGGUGUCUGAGUGGUCCGAGUGCUCCGCCCGGUGUGGCUCUCGGGGUGUCCGCACUCGGGAGGUCCGUUGUUCCAUGGAAAUGAGACUGUGCAACAGGUCUUCACAGCCAAUGGAAAGUCAGGAAUGUGAAGGCCCGCCCUGUGACAGAAGAUGGACAGUUUCUGAUUGGGGACCCUGCUCCGGUGUGUGUGGAGAAGGAAGGAUGGUUCGUGCAGUGACGUGUCGCUCAUCAGGAGGGGUAGUGACCUCAGAGGAGCAGUGUGACCUGUCACUGCGCCCGCUGGCCAUCUACCCCUGUGGCGACAGAGACUGCGCCCCCCACUGGGUCGAACAGGAAUGGCAGCAGUGCAAUGCGACAUGCGGGCGCGGCAUGCGUCACCGUCAGGUGGUGUGUGUUGGGCUGGAAGGUGGUGUCUUCAAAGAGUUUCCAGGCAGCAUUUGUACCAACACCAACCAACCGGAGAGCAGCUCCUCCUGCUUUCAGAGGCCCUGCUCCAAAUGGUUCACCACAUCCUGGUCUCAGUGCAGUAAGACGUGUGGGACUGGCAUCCAGGUUCGUGAAGUGAAGUGUUACCAGGGGGAGGAGCUGGUGACCAGGGGCCACAGCUGCAACUCGGCCCUCAGGCCAGACGCCAGACAGAGCUGUGAAAUCCAGAGCUGCCCGACGGAGGCGCCAGCAGCAGCUCCAGCAGCCUCAGUCGUGGUAGAAGACCCCUGCCAAGACAAAGCAACAGCCAACUGUGCCCUGGUCCUGAAGGUGAAGCUGUGUUCCCACUGGUACUACAGGAAGGCCUGCUGCCAGUCCUGCAGGGCACCAAGACGCUAACGUGAUUACCCAACCCGCUCACCUCCACCACUGGUACAUUUCUCAUUGGUGCUACCCAAAGGCCUGCUGCUAGCAAUGUGAGGCCUUAUCACCUUCAUCUGGACCUUGUAGCUCUUCCUUCUGUUGUUGAUGUCAAUGGUCAACCUUCUACCUGUUACACCUGCUUCUGAAAGGAAGCGGGUUUUGUUUGUUGUAGUAUUGCUGCCACUACUAAAGAUAAGCAAUCAAAAGGCCAUCCAACCGGUGUCUCUGCAUGGAACUCCAGUCCAAGUGAUGUCUCCCCCUGUAUUACCUACAGUAGAUGGAGUACCAGCAUCGGAGCAAAGCAAUGUCCUUCUGUGGACGGAACAGUAUGUACUUUAGCCAAUGUCAGGUUAAUUGUACGCUACAUUUAGAAAUAUUUGACCAGUUUACCUUGAAGGAGACUGAAGGGACCCGUUAACUUUCCUCUUGUCAAAGACUAUUGGAAAUGAGAAGAAACGCUUUGUCUUCUCAUCCUGCAGUUUACAUCCAUGUCAUCAUGCAAACCUAUUUCUAUCCCAGCUUUGUUUGAAACCUAAAUGACCUAAAAAACAAACCUUGGAGCAUUCCAUUUGAAUCAGUCUGUCCUUGAGUCCACAUGGACAUUUGUCCAUAUCUCAAGAAUAAGACAGCUGGACAGUCGCAGGUCCAAAAAUCUACAUCUCAACGUUCCACUAAAGCAAGUUGAUGAAAAAGCACACACUACUGUGGGUCCAUUCCUGCUACACAUAACGUGUGUAACCAUGCUCAUUUUCACAAAUGAAAACACAACCUACCACCUGGACUGAGUAACAAAAAGCUGUUUCUUUGCUGUGACCCCUGAUCCACGUCAUGGCUCCUAAGCUACAGUCGAUCGAUUCAAAUGUUGGAGGUCAUCCCGGUGCAGUGAAGCUACAGCUACAGCGAGGCUGCUGAACACCUCACAGGUGGAAGUUUGUCACUGGAGAUGCUGUCUCAAUCAGACACUCGGUGUUGUUUACCUGUUGUUACUGUAGUCACAGAGAUACUGUUGUUGUUGUUGUUGCUUAUUGUAUCUCACUUAAAGAUCAGCUGUUUUCGACAUGCAUCCGUGUUUGACUUGUGAUCUCACUGUUAGUGAAAAGCUUUCAUUUCAGUUGCUGCCAGCUUAACCAGGAAAGAGAAGUUAUACAUGGCAGGUUGCUUUUACCCAAAGUGUGCCAACAUUUCAAUGAUGGCAAUUAACAAUAAACAGUAGUGUUAGUUAUGUCCAUGUGUGUGAUUAGUUUAUUUCUGAUAACGUUGACAUAUUCCAGAGGAAGCGGUUUCCUCCCUGCACUUAAAGGUUGAAUCCAAGGUCAGCCUCAUCCUCAUGUAAAGCAGCCUCCAGAGGAACUGUGGAUCACAAGGUCACAGGGACACACACCCUAACCCCAACCCAAAUGAAAAAAUACUCAAAUGAAGUACAAUUACUUGUAACGGGAAACUAUUGCUGACACAGCAGCUGCAGAUUUCCUCUUUCAUUAUUUCUAGGGGCUCAUUUAGAAGAACAUUUAGACUUGAAUCCUGGUGUCACGUUCAGAACCUCAUGUUCUACCAAACUCAGUGUUCAUUGUAAUCAUUUGUUACAGACUUGGUUUGCACAUGAAAAAGGGGCUUGUGGGUAAUCUAAGCCAUGAAGCACGAGCUCUUCUCCACACGGGGCGGAGGUCUGGCUCCUAGCAGCGUGCACGUGGGGUUACUGAUGCCUGUACCCCCACCCUCCAUCAGACUGUCUGCACGGUGUGCCCCCUACAGGCCACACACGUGUUUCAGGUGAACGGGAGUAAUGCAAGGAGUGAGGUACUGAAGGGUACUUUUGUCCACUUAAACUUCCUGAGAAUAGUCGACAUGUUCUCCUCGUGCUGGACGUCAAGUUGAAAUUCCAAUUAAUACCGUUGAUAUAUAUUAGGCAUCUAGGUCAGCGGUCACGUGAUACAUCUCUAUGGAUGGAACUGCUCUGGUAUCCAACAGCACCGUCACAAAGCUCUCUUUGACCAGGAUGUCCUUCAACUCUCAUUUAAAGAAGACUUCAAGGACGGCCUUUUUUCAUCUACUGAAUGUCUAUUGGAAAUCACUUCCUGUCUCAAAGUGAUGCAUCAACGAGUUCAUGUGUUUGUUACUUCUAGACUGGAUUACUGUAAUUCUUUGUUCAGGCUGCUCUAUCUCUUAAGCUUUCCUCAUCUUUCUGUGGUCUGUUCCGUGUGCUAUACGCCAUAACACCCAGUGACUAUCAAACAGACUGACUCGUUACAAGUUUGAAGACAGCUGUGAUGCUCAUUAGAGGACACACCUUAGUUCAACAUGUCAGCUGACUCUGUGCUUCAUGUUGGAGCUGCACUAGGAUGCAGACAUG